AUGAUAGCUGGUAUAGGCAUCGAUAUCCUGUCAUUGACCCGAUUCAAAUCGUUGUUACAAAAGAGAGGUUCAACCAGAUUGGCAAAGAGGAUAUGCACGACCAAGGAGUACGAGCUAUUUACGAAUCUGGCCAGCGCAAUUGGCAGUCCUAGUACAGCGAACCACAAUGAUACUAUCAAAGAGGAGUCAGAUGAAUUGUUAGAUAAACAACUAAGAUUCUUAUCAUGUCGCUGGGCAUUGAAAGAAGCAGCCUACAAAUCACUUUCCCCUCAUCUAAACCCCAUAACAUGGAAAGAUCUUCAAAUUACCCAUUCUUCCAAUGGAUCGUUGGUACUGUUCCCCACUCAAAAGGAACAUCGCGAUAGGUUUGACCUAUUGGGUAGUCUAAGUCAUGAUGGUGGGAUGGUCGUUGGGGUCGUCAUUGCUCAAUUUAGGAAUAAUCAAAAUACGUGA